AUGAAGAUCACUGUAAUGACGGCCGAUGAACAAAUUAUUACUUUGGAAGUGGAUCGCGACGAAUCCGUGGAAAAUUUGAAAGCCCUGCUUGAAAUUGAGUCUCAAGUACCACUUCAGCAACAACAGUUGCUGUACAAUGGAAAAGAGAUGGGGAAUUCCGAGACACUGAGUCGUUUGGGUGUUACAGAUGGUGAUCUAGUGAUGAUGGUUUCCAGUCCUUCUUCUUCUUCUUCCGCAAGGGGUUCUAGCAAUGAAGUUAGGUUAAAUCCCGAUGGAUCUGCAGCAGAUGCAGCUGCAUUUCAGCAGCAAGUGAGGAAUAAUUCGAAUUUGAUGGCCCAAUUGUUUCAGAGUGAUCCUGAGUUGGCACAAGCUGUUCUUGGGAAUGACCUGAAUAAGUUGCAGGACAUUUUAAGGAUGAGACAUCGUCAGAGAUCUGAGUUGCGUAGGCAACAGGAGGAAGAGAUGGAGCUACUUUAUGCAGACCCUUUUGAUGUGGAAGCACAAAAGAAAAUUGAAGCUGCAAUCCGCCAGAAAGGUAUUGAUGAGAAUUGGGCUGCUGCACUAGAACACAACCCUGAAGCUUUUGCAAAAGUGGUUAUGUUGUAUGUUGACAUGGAAGUUAAUGGCAUUCCCAUGAAGGCUUUUGUUGAUAGUGGAGCACAGUCAACUAUAAUAUCAAAAAGCUGUGCAGAGCGUUUGGGAUUGCUUAGGCUUUUAGACAACCGUUACAAGGGCAUUGCUCAAGGAGUUGGUCAGUCGGAGAUCCUUGGUCGGAUUCAUGUUGCACCGAUCAAAAUUGGGAACAUCUUCUAUCCAUGUUCCUUUUUGGUGUUGGAUUCUCCCAACAUGGAAUUCCUGUUUGGAUUGGAUAUGCUGCGAAAGCAUCAAUGCAUUAUUGAUUUAAAAGACAAUGUCUUGAGAGUUGGUGGAGGCGAGGUUUCUGUGCCCUUUUUGCAAGAAAAGGACAUCCCGAAUCGCUACUUGGAUGAGGAAAGACAAUUGAAGGAAGCCUCUAGCUCCGGAGAUACAUCCGGAUCACAACCUGCAGGACCUGCCAGCAGCGGGCCAGCACAUGGAGCUGAAUUUGAAGCCAAAAUUGUGAAGCUUGUUGAGUUGGGGUUUGAUAGAAAUUCAGUCAUACAAGCUCUGAAGCUAUUCAAUGGAAAUGAAGAACAAGCAGCUGGUUAUCUUUUUGGAGGCUAAACAUCAUAUCAGUUGUUCCAAAAUUUCAAGCUAAUUAUGAGAUUACAAAUUUUCUUUUGAGAUGUGUACUUUGUAACAUUAAAUUCUUGUUUUUCCUACUUUGAAAUCUGUACUUUAUAACAUUGAUUGAUUUUGCUGGUCAAUGGCCAAGCUUGACAACAGUUUGAGUUUUAUAGACAUUAAAUUUAGGUGCAUAGCUAUCAGCUGCUCUGAUGAUGAUGAUAUCUUUCUUGUGAAUGUUUCCUAAUGAAAUUCGGCC